AUGAUCAACUAGAGGACCGCAGUUUUGGUUUCCACCGUCAUCACUAUAUGUUAGCUCCAAACGUCAAGAGAGUUUGUUUGGAGAGAAAGAAACAAUAUAUAUGUCCUCUGACUCACUGGAAUAAGCCGAGCCACCACAUGCAACCCCCUCCUCCUCCUCCUCCUCCACCUCCUUCUCCUUCUGUAGCUGGAAGAAUUGUGACGGCAUUUGGGAAAAGCCAGUGAGAAGAGCUGCGAGGAGCUGCAGAAUGGCGGAGGGCGGCGGCAGGUGCAGUGGAUCUGGGAUGCUGAACGGGGACCGCGGGGGAUGGACCAACUAAUCAUCCAGCCGCACGUUCUGCCAGCAUACAGAAACCACGCCGUGACAGAUCUGGAUUUAGGCUAUUCUAUCUUCAGGAAAUAUUAAGACUGCGAUGAACUUCACCACUACGAGAUCACAAGCAAGAAGAACUGUCGAGGCAGUUUCUUGUUUCUCUUCUACAGCAUUGGACAAAGAAUGCUUCAAUCUACGGAACAGACAUGGACAAGAGAUACACAGGAUCCUUGUUGCCACGGAGAAGAACAAGGAGCACAUGAAUAGAUACAGAUUCCAAGAUGACCCUAUUCAAGAAGUGUUCAAAGGGGACCAGGGAUGACCAAGUGAAAGAGUUGGACCCCUUUACUUUUCUUCCACGGAACAUGUUCUUCCUGUCUGUCCUUUUCGAUAAGGGCCCCUGUUCUUCUUCUUCUUCUUCUUCUUUGGAAAUAACAGACUAUUAUAGGAAGACUAUUUGACUUGGUGACGUUGUGUUAUAUGAUUUCAGAAGAUGGGACUCUGACCCCUUCAAGAUCACCUGACCUGAUUGGACCAACCAGAUGUUCGAGGCGCCAGCCGACGUCUCUGGCAGGGCAAAACCAGGAACUAUAACGUUGUGAUCCUCUAGAGGGAUCUUUUUAAAGUCACCCCUCUCCCCCCCACUUUCUUCUGGUGGGGGGGAGGGCAUAGCAGUUAGCCUAUCACAGCUCAGGACUUGUCCCUUCAAUAGCCAGUUAGCCUAUCACAGCUCAGGACUGGUCCCUUUGUUAGCUUGUUAGCCUAUCACAGCUCAGGACCGGUCCCUUUGUUAGCUUGUUAGCCUAUCACAGCUCAGGACUUGUCCCUUCAAUAGCCAGUUAGCCUAUCACAGCUCAGGACUUGUCCCUUCAAUAGCCUGUUGGCCUAUCACAGCUCAGGACUGGUCCCUUCGUUAGCCUGUUAGCCUAUCACAGCUCAGGACUGGUCCCUUUGUUAGCCUGUUAGCCUAUCACCUGUGAGAUUACUGAGACCAGGACCAGACCGGCAGCAUGGAUGCUAGUCAGGGUCACGGCCAGGGCAGCCCAGAGAGCACUAACCGGGCCGUGGAGUACCUCCUGGAGCUCAACAACAUCAUAGAGAACCAGCAGAAGCUCUUGGACACCCAGAGGCACCGUAUUGAUGAGCUAGAGGUCCAGUUAGACCGACUGGCCCAGGAGAAUAAAGACCUACGGCUAGACCACCAGCGACCUUUACCCCCUCAACCCCCACCGCCACCCUGCCCCCCGCCGCAACCCGCCAACAAAACUAGCCACACAGCCAUACCCUCCGUACAAGUCCGCCCGGUUCAGUCCCAGUCCUAUAGUAGUACCAGAACCAACACUACAGCCAUACCCUCCGUACCAGUCCGCCCGGUUCAGACCCAGUCUUAUUACAGUACCAGUACCAACACUACAGCCGUACCGGCCCCCGUACCCACGGUACCUGUAUGGGAUAAACACACCCCUCAAACCCCCAAGACCCCACACCGUACACCCCAAACCCCCAAACAAACCCCCGUCACCACCCAGACCCCCCGUACCCCACAGACCCCUAAACGGACACCCCACAUGCGUCUGACGCGGACCAUCUCGACCGGGACAGGGACCAGCUUCGUGGAGAUGGAGAAGGAGAGAUUGAACAGGAUGGAGAAAGAGAGGACAGAGAGACUUAAUAGUUCCACCUUGGGAAACCCCACCAGCCACCCACACAGCCACAGACAUGUGGAAGAGACUCCACGUGGUGACACAGUCAGUUUCUCCGACAGCACCUGUAGCCAGGGGCCCUACCUGAGCAGCUCUGAUCACCGCUACAGCAGUGGCCCCGGCCCACCGGACCCCCGUUCCCAACACCACCCCCAGGGCCCCCCGGUGGCCCCCCCCAGUCCUGCCUCACUGGCCUGGGCCCAGAGGACCCGGCACCAGCCUGCCAGUCUGGCGCUCCGAAAGCAGGAGGAGGAGGACAACAAGCGCUGCAAAGCCCUGUCCGACAGCUAUGAGCUCUCCACAGAUCUACAGGACAAGAAGGUGGAGAUGCUGGAGAGGAAGUAUGGCGGUUACUUCCUGAGUCGGCGGGCGGCGCGCACCAUCCAGACGGCGUUCCGUCAGUACCGCAUGAACAAGAACUUUGAGCGGCUGAGAAGCUCUGCCUCUGAGAGCAGGAUGACUCGGCGCAUCAUCCUGUCCAACAUGAGACUGCAGUACUCGUUCGACGAGCGGCAGGGCCAGGGCCAGCCCCAGGGACAGGGCCAGCCCCUGGGGCAGGGGGGACAGCGGUACCCCCACCCUGGAAGGGGGCAGCCUGGGGAUGGAGAGAUGGAGGCUGGGUCUCCUCCACUGUGCCAGGGGGACAUAGAGGAGUACACACACCUGGAUGAGACCUUCUCCAAACAGGUGAAGUCCCUGGCUGACUCCAUCGAUGACGUCUUGACUUGUCAGUCUGGUGUAGAAGACUCUCAGGAGGAGGAGGAGGAAGGUGACGGAGGCGAGACAGGUGUGGUGGCAGACGACUUUGGAGAGUGUGUUUGGAGACCGAGGGAGGGAGACAGACAGAGGGGCGGAGGAAGAGGAAGAGGAGGAGAAAGACAGAGCAUGCAUGAGGACAGCAUAGCCACCUCUUACAGUGACGUGACCCUCUACAUUGAUGACCCCUCCUCGCCCCUGUCCCUGGACCGCGGCCCCAGCAGCACCGACACAGAAUACUGGAGCCCUGGAGUGGGUGGCGUUGGGGUGGGGGGGCGCGAAGACAGCCGGGACACAGAGGGAGGGGGCAGCAGUAACAGCCGACGCAGCACCCCUUGUACAGAGUGUAGAGACUACAGCCUGAGAGGAGCUCACCUGCCCCUGCUGACUAUCGAUCCCCCUAGCGACAGCUCUGUUGAUAUGAGUGACCGCUCGGAUAGAGGUUCGAUAGGUAGACUGGUCUAUGAGACAGAGCCAGGGGGAGGUGGGGGAGGAGGAGGGGAAGGGAGGUCGCCUCACGGCACCAUUAAACACAACCCCCACCCAAACCCCCACCCCAACCCCAACGGGCGCUCUGUCCCCACACACCCCCAGGCCCAAGGCCAGACUCGUACUGUGCUCCCUCACCGCCCCCACCCCUCGGCCAUUCCCUCCCACCUGCCCUACCACACCAUCCUACACCACCACCAUCAGAUCCCCCACCACCCCCAGCACCCCCACCACCCAUACCCCGACACUCCCUCUUCGUCCUCCCAGUCCCCGCAGGGACAACCCCUCACCCCUCUGUCUUCCUCCUCGUCCACCACACUGCCCCCUGGUGGCCUGGAGCAGGUAUGCUGUUCGGAUGGAGACAACGACUCCCUCAACUCCACCACCAACUCUAACGACACCAUCAACUGCUCCUCUGGGUCCUCAUCACGCGACAGCCUCCGGGAGCCCCUCCCACCGCUCGGGAAACAGACCUAUCAGAGAGAGAGCAGACAAAGCUGGGAUAGCCCCGCCUUUAACAAUGACGUGGUGCAGAGACGACAGUACCGCAUCGGACUCAAUCUGUUCAACAAGAAGCCAGAGAAGGGUAUACAGUACCUGAUAGAGAGAGGCUUCGUAUCGGACACACCGGUAGGCAUCGCCCGCUUCAUCCUGGAGAGGAAAGGACUGAGCAGACAGAUGAUAGGAGAGUUCCUGGGCUGCAGACAGAAACAGUUCAACAAGGACGUACUGGAUUGUGUGGUAGAUGAGUUGGACUUCUCAGGGAUGGAUCUGGAUGAUGCCCUCAGGAAGUUCCAGGCUCAGAUUAAAGUCCAAGGGGAGGCCCAGAAGGUGGAGAGACUGAUCGAGGCUUUCAGUCAGCGGUACUGUGUGUGUAACCCGGUGCUGAUCCGACAGUUCCAGAACCCCGACACCAUCUUCAUCCUGGCUUUUGCCAUCAUCCUCCUCAACACAGACAUGUACUCUCCUAACGUCAAGCCAGAGAAGAAGAUGAAGCUGGAGGACUUCAUCAAAAACCUCAGAGGAGUGGAUAAUGGCCAGGACAUUCCCAGAGACCUGUUAAUAGGGAUCUACCAUAGGAUAGAGAAGUGGGAGCUACGCACCAACGAUGACCACGUGUCUCAAGUACAGGCUGUGGAGAGGGUGGUAGUCGGCAAGAAGCCCGUGCUCUCGCUGCCACACCGCAGAUUGGUGUGUUGCUGUCAGCUGUACGAGGUGCCUGACCCAAACAGAAGCCAGAGGACUGGAGUCCACCAGAGAGAAGUCUUCCUCUUCAAUGACCUGCUUGUGAUAACCAAGAUCUUCCAGAAGAAGAAGACCUCUGUAACAUAUAGUUUCAGACAGUCCUUCCCCCUGGUCGAGAUGCAGGUCCACAUGUUCCAGAACCAGUACUAUCCCCACGGUAUCCGUCUGACGUCGGCCAAUCCUGGCGGGGAGAGGAAGGUUCUGAUUGUAUUAAAUGCUCCAAGUCAGCAGGACAGAACACGCUUUACCUCCGACCUGAGAGAGAGCAUCACUGAGGUGACAGAGAUGGAGAAAUACAGGGUGGAGUCGGAGUUGGAGAAGCAGAAAGGGGUGGUGAGACCUGUUGUGGGCGGGGCUGGUGGUGGUGGUCUGGGCGGUGGUUUGAAGGGCGAGGCGGUGAAUGGCACUCUGGGUCGACCCAGUCUGGAUGACAGCUAUGCUUCCGCAGACGGACUCAAACGUACCGCGCUCAGCUCAUCACUGAGAGACCUAUCAGACACAGGGAAGCGGGGCCGCCGGAACAGUGUUGGCUCCUUGGACAGUACCAUGGAAGGCUCCAUCAUUAACAGUCCCAGACCUCACCAACACCCCGACAUGGCUGGUGGUGUAAUGCCACCCGGCAGCUAUGACAUCCAAGACUACCGGCCUCACCGCCCCAUCCUGAGCCCCGGAACGGGGGUGGGGGGUGGGCCGGGGCUAAAUCAUCACACCGCUACUGGGACGACGGCACUGGGUCCCAGCAGCGGAGACCGAGGGGGGACGGGAGCCCCGGGGAACGGGUCUGGAGGGGUAGGGGGCAGUGGAGGUUCCUUCCUGGGUUCCCUGUUCGGGAGCAAACGCUCCAGCACCAAGCCCCCUGGACCUCUCCUCCCUCUCCUCCCACCUGGGCUGCCACACUACCCUGCACCUGUCCCCCCGCCCACCACCGGCGGCCCACCCCCACACUCCCCCUCCUCCCUCACCCACUCCGACGCAGGAGGGCCCUCCAAAAUCCAGGCCCUGCACGCCCAAUAUUGCUACAACAGUACCGCAGGGCAGCAGCCUCCUCCGCCCUACCACCACCACCACCGCUACCACGCCCAGACAGGGCCCGCUCCCAGCCAGCCCUCCUCCACCGCCCAUGGGGCCCCUGGGCCUCAUAUCCUCCACAGGGGCCCCAUGGUAGGGGUCCCCAAGAGGCCGGACCCCGGUCCCGCUCCCUCCCACCCCCAGCUCCAACAGCUGUCCCAGGUUCAGCUGGCCCAGCUGCAGCAGCAUGGUGUACAGUGUGUACAGGGUCACGGGGGAUGCUAUACCAACAUGGGGGUCUCUAUGGGGGUAGGCUGCCCCACUCCGCCUCUUUCACCUCACCCCCCUCGCUCCCCGGGGCCCGCACCCCUUACCCUCUACCACACAUACUCCACACACGGUCGGGGAGGAGGAGUAGGAGGAGGCGCCAAGCUCCCUCUUACUCUCUCACACUCGCAACCCCACCCUCACGCCCACACCCACGCCCCUCAUCGUACCGCUCUUACCCACAACCACAGCCCCCAUCCCGGCUUGUCACUCAGCCCUCACCCCGGCCUUUCCCACAGCCCCCAUCCCGCACAACACCCCAAGCACCAGACUCACUUUAUCUUCGCUGCCCCGCCGCCCCAGACCCCCAUCGCACGGCACAUCCCCCAGUCUGCCGCUCACGGCCAAUACCACCCUCAAUACCCCCCGCUCUCCUCCAUACCACCUCCCCCUUCACACUCCCCUUUACCCCCCCCUUCCUCCCCAAAUACCCCACUUACCCCUAUCUCCCCUUACGCCCACCCCCUCCAGCAGCAGCCCGCCCAGCACCAGGGAGGGCAGCAGGGUUCUGGAGGGGGCAGCAGCAGCACGGGGACGGGCAGCACCACCAGCUCCAAGUCCAAGCCUAUCAACCGCAUCAGCACGGUGGUGUGAGUGUCAGGAGACGCAACAAACCUCCCAGACACCAGGGGACACCGCUCGUCAGACUGAGGUCGACAGACCAGAACAACUACAGGUUUAAGAGUGGCCACGCCCAGAUCAUCCAAUAUGGCCGCCGGCGCUCUGAGAGAGGCAGGAGGCGAUACUUGCUCAGGCUGUGUUACUUCCACCUCCGGUUCCCUCACAGAUUCACAUUCAGGUAGAGAGGAAGACAUGAAUUGUGAGGGGAAGGAUAUAACCUUCUUAACUGUUAGGCCAAGAGAGAAAUUCCCCCUCUUUGGGCCAAGGGCUGACACUGGUCACUGGCCUGAAGUCACAGGCAGGGCUACAUUAUCACGAGACCAUGAGCCUCAUGUCUUCUACACUGACACACUGAAGAGAGAGAGAGGAUGACUAGUCAGCUGUUAGAAGAGAGAGAGGAAGACACUGACACACAGAAACUCCACAGACCGAUCUGCAUGAAGAUAUUCACAUACAAUACCAAUGUUGAUGAGGAUGUGACGCUUCUGUGGGGGGGCAUGUUCUGCAUGACCUCGUGUUGCCAGAGGAGGAGAAUAUGAUGACAAAUGGUGCCAAACCUGGUGAACCAGGAAGUGGACUGGAAGUGUAUUGGUGAAUCAGGAAGUGACAUGGCCAGUGUCUGCCUUCUUACAUCUUAAAUCUCCAUGUUGUUGUUGUUGUUGUUGUUGUGUAAUAAAACAGACAUGCGUACUUUCA